CAGAGAGAAAAAAUUUCCCCUCCUCCUUUCUCUCUCGCUCUCUCCUCCUCCUCCUCCUCCGUCUGGCCUUCGUCUGUCCGAUAAUGAAAAAAGAAAAGAAAGAGAAAAAUUUCCCCUCCUCCUACUUCUCUUCUCCAUCACUUCCCUUUGAUCCUUCCACUCCGUCACUUUCACUUCAACAGAUUCUUUCCCGAUUCAAUUCCUUCACCGUUGCUCCCAAUUGCCUACCGACGGCAUUCGCCAGUGCCGUUUGCCUGCGGCGGCCUGAAUUUUUGCAAGCCUUUUUUCGAUUUUAGCUCAACGAGGAAACUUGAGGGGAUCUGCGUUCAUCCCUCUUUUGGGGUUAUAAUUUUGUCACCGGAAAAGAAAGACGGGGUGAUUCUAGAAAUCGACCGGUAAGGAUCCAGCCACCGUAGAAACAGCGACAUCUAAUGGCGCUGUUCAGACGCUUCUCCUACCGGAAGCCACCGGAUCGGCUUCUGGAGAUCUCCGACAGGGUUUACGUUUUCGACUGUUGCUUCUCCACCAAUGUCAUGGAAGAGGAUGAGUACAAGCUCUACUUAGGUGGGAUUGUAGCAAAGCUGCAGGAAAACUUUCCCGAUGCUUCCUUUAUGGUGUUUAAUUUUCGAGAGGGAGAUAGACGGAGCCAACUUUCAGACAUCUUAACACAGUAUGACAUGACAGUUAUGGAUUACCCUCGUCAAUAUGAAGGGUGUCCAUUGUUGCCUCUGGAGAUGGUUCAUCAUUUCCUUCGAUCUUGUGAAAGCUGGUUGUCAUUGGAGGGGCAACAAAAUGUGUUGUUGAUGCAUUGCGAAAGAGGAGGGUGGCCUGUGCUUGCUUUCAUGCUUGCCGGUCUUUUGCUAUAUCGGGGGCAGUAUAGUGGGGAGCACAAGACUCUUGAAGCAGUCUACAAGCAAGCUCCUAAGGAACUUCUACAUGUUUUAUCUGCUUUAAAUCCAUACCCUUCCCAGCUCAGAUAUCUUCAGUAUAUUUCUAGAAGGAAUUUUGGGAUUGAUUGGCCUCCUUCUGACACACCCUUAAUUCUCGACUGUUUGAUGCUUAGAACCCUUCCACUCUUUGAAGGAGGAAAAGGUUGCAGGCCGGUUGUGCGUGUUUAUGGCCAGGAUCCUUCAAAACCAGCCAAUAGAACGUCUAAGCUUUUGUAUUCAACUUCGAAGACGAAAAUACACAUACGCCACUAUGCACAGGAAGACAGAAUGCUUGUGAAAAUAGAUCUUAGAUGCCGUGUACAAGGUGAUGUUGUUGUUGAGUGUAUCCACUUGGAGGAAGACCUCGUGCACGAGCAGAUGAUCUUCAGACUGAUGUUCCACACAGCAUUUGUGCGAGCAAAUAUUUUGAUCUUGAACCGUGAUGACAUUGAUAUUUUGUGGGAUGCCAAGGAUCAAUUUUCACGGGACUUCAAAGCCGAGGUACAUUUUGCAGAUGCAGACACUGUUCUCCCAUCUCUCACAACAGUUUUGACUGGUGACGAUCUGAAUGAUUUAGAAAGUGCUUCACCUGAAGAAUUUUAUGACGUGGAAGAGAUCUUCACAGUGGAGGCGCCAGAAUCAAAAGGGAACUUUGAUACUCAUAUAACCCGGGAGGCAUCACCUCCCGGUCUCUCCUGGGGGUCUACUUCUGCACCACCAUCGUCACAACCUCCACCACCUCCUCCUCCCCAAAUCGCUUCUCAAGGUUCUUUGUCUUCAACAUUGCUGCCCCCUCCCUUUAGUCAGUUGCAGAAUGUUGCUCGUUGCAGUCCACCACCACCUCCUCCACCACAACUUCCCUUUAUUCAUUUGCAAGAUGUUCAUUGCAUCCCAUGGCCGCCACCGCCACCACCACCGCCUAUGCCCAUGAGAAGUCAAGGUUCUCCACUUGCAUCACCAUCAUUUUCAAGAAGUGGACUUCCACCUCCACCUCCGCCGCCACUGCCACCUACUAGAUUGGGAGCUCCUACACCACCUCCUCCCCCACCACCAUCAGUCAGUGGGGCUCCUCCACCUCCACCACCACCUUUGCUUAGAGCCCCAGCACCACCUCCACCUCCUCCUCUUCCUCCUCCUCUAGGGGGUCGAGGGCCUCGUCCACCCACUCCUCGUGGAGGAAGUAUUCCAGGUCCUCAGGGAGUUGGGUCGCCCCCACCACCACCCUUAGGUGCCAAAAGAGUUGCUGCUGAUGCAAGGGGUAGAGGACGAGGGAGUGGAAUGGGUGCUGCUAUGGCACGUCGAAGAUCUUCAUUGAAGCCAUUGCAUUGGAGCAAAGUAACAAAGGCAAUAAAAGGAACUUUGUGGGAAGAACUACAAAAGGGAGUCCUAGACCUAGAAAAUUACAACCCGACCCGUUGACCCGACCCGAAACCGCUCGAAGAGUAGAAAUUUUUAUAAUCCGAAAUCCGAAUGACCCGAGCCCGAUAACCCGUGAUAUUUGGGUCGGGUUGGGUUGGUUAGCGGGUCGACCCGUUUCAUUUUAUAUAUCACUUCACAAAAGAUGCAAUCACUCAUAAAUUGAUGAGAUGUUUAAAAAAAUAACAAGGAUUUGAAUGACAGAUGUUUAAAAAAAAUAACAAGGAUUUGAAUGACAUGUUUGGAGUUUAAGGAUAAUCAAAUAUCAUGUGUUUCUUAUAGUAGUAUUACUGUUGUGAUUGUUUUUUGAUGAUUUGUG